AUGCCAAAACAAAUUAAUGAUAUUCGAAAAUUUUUGAAAAUUAGUAGAAAGCCUGAUACCACAGCUGUAAUAAUUGUGAAGAAAAAAAGCAAAGUAAAGAAAAAUACAAUAAUAACGAAAUUAAAAUUAAGAACAAAAAAAUAUUUAUACACAAUGGUAUUUGCCGAUCGUAAAAAAGCAGAAAGGAUUGAAAACUCUUUAUUACCUAGUCUUAAAAGAAUAUAUUAUCCACAAAAAAAAACUACAAAAACUUCAAAAAAAUAA